AAUAAUUAAUGGAAGUUGUGGAGUCUUGCAUUGUGGUUCCUAGCGAAGAGACCCCAAAGCAUAGCAUCUGGCUCUCAAAUUUAGAUCUAUCGUUCAGCGUCAGAGAGCAUACUCCGUCGGUUUAUUUCUACCGACCCAACGGCGAUCCCGACUUUUUCAAGGUUGAGACGCUGAAGGCGUCGCUGAGUAAGGCUCUCGUUCAAUUCUAUCCGCUGGCUGGUCGACUUGAGGUCGGCAAAAAUGGUCGGAUUGAGAUCAAUUGCACGGGCGAGGGGGUUCAGUUUACGGUGAUUCGGUCGGAGUAUGAUGUGGAUAAGUUCGGAGGGUUCGCUCCGUCGCAUGAGAUGAGGGAGGCGUUGGUGCCUAGGGUUGCGUCGUCUGAGCCACCCUGCGUGUUGUUGAUGAUUCAGGUGACAUUCUUCAAAGGCGGCGAGGUGACCAUCGGCGUAGCCAACCACCACAUCGCCGCCGACUUCCACUUCAUUAAGACAUGGACUGACAUCGCCCGCGGCAUCUCCGACGUCUCCUUCCCUCCCUUCUUCGACCGCUCCCACCUCCGCGCACGAUCCCCUCCCUCCAUCACUGCCGACCUCCUCGAAUACAAGAAACCCCCACAAUCCGAAUCCAACACCUUCACUGCCCCUCCACCCUUCGACGUCGCGAUCCUCAACCUCUCCAGAAACCAGAUCACCACUCUCAAAAAAAGGGUCAGCAUAGACAAAUCCUUGUCCACAUUCAAAGCCGUGAUUGCCCACAUCUGGCGCAGCGCGUGCUUCGCACGGAGGCUUGCCGCUGACCAAGACACACGCCUCUAUACGGUGCGCCGCUGCCCGUUGGAUACUUCGGCAACGCGAUCCUCUGCACGUCAGAGGGAGCGAAGGCGGGGGAGAUCACGUCAGGGUCGCUAG